AUGCAAUCCAUGAAGGAAACUGCAGCCAAUGUUGCCGCCUCGGCCAAGUCUGGCAUGGAGAAAACUAAGGCUGUUGUGCAAGAAAAGAUGGAGAGAAUGACUGCAAACAAUCCGACUGAGAAACAGAUGGCAACGGAGAAGAAGGAAGAAAAAAUCGACCAGGCGGAGCACCACAAGCAGGAGGCUCGUGAGAAGAACGCCGCCUCGAGUCAGGUGGCAAAUGCUGGUGCGACGCACUCCUAUUCGACAACUGGAGAGACCGGACAGCCUACUGGAAGUUACCAAAUGUCAGCGCUGCCAGGUCAUGGCAGUGGGCAGCCCAUGGGACAGGUGACUGAGAGCAUCAUUAAGUCUCAUCCUAUUGGGACUGCCACCGGAACUGGGAGGCCGACCACCGCACAUAACACUCAUGUAGGUACUGGCGCCAAUAAAGGAUAUGGCACUGGUGGUGCUUAUAGUGGUUAG